AGUUAUAACAGUUCUAAAUUUUUUUGAAGGCAUGCGAAAUCCAAACUAUAAAGGGAAAGAAUAAAAGAAUUACAAACUACAAGUAAGAAUAAAUUAAUAAUUUCAAUCCAACAGAAGAGGAGGAAGAGGAAGAGCCAGAGUAGAGAGAAAGUGCCUUAGAGACGAAGGAAAAGAUUACCCAUUUGCCUUCCUCUCGUCUUUCUCUAUCUCCGUCUCACGUCUCUUUGAGUUGUUCAUUGUUGGGAUCGAAUCUCUGGGUUGAAUUUAAAUAAUCCAUUUCUUCCCCAAAGAUCAGAAAUUUGCAGAGCAGAGAGAGACAUAAGCAGAGGAACGCCCAAAGUAUGAGAUGGCAAUAGUUUCGACGAAAAUCAAGAGGGACCAAUUGAAGCCUGGAGAUCACGUAUUUUCCUGGAGGGAGCUCUAUGUCUAUGCCCAUCAUGCCAUAUAUGUCGGUGAUGGAAAGUUGAUCCACUUCACUGUAGCUGCAAACAGGGAAAUUGGCUCAGGAACUGUGUCAAGUAAUUUUGGCUCAACGUCAUCAUCCCGUUAUGCAGCAUUUCCCUGUCCAAUAUGUGGUUAUCAUUCAAGGCUUGGUGGUGUGGUCUCUACCUGCAUAGAUUGUUUUCUUUAUGGUGGAGAUCUUUAUCUCUUUAAAUAUGGUGUUAGUAUGGCCGAAUUACUUGCCAACCCUCGAAGUGCUACUGUGUGUACCCUUGCCUCUUCCGAUCCAUCUGAAGUUGUCUUGCAUCGCGCGUUUUAUCUUCUUGAGAAUGGUUUUGGUGCCUACGACCUUUUCGAAAAAAAUUGUAUAGACUUUGCGCUUUAUUGCAAAACAGGCUUGAUAGUGUUGCCUGGUGCCCAAAGGAGUGUGCUCUCUCUCCUUGCUCUCGCUGUUGCUGCCUUGUCUACAAUACCUCUUGGAAAUUUUGGUUUUGCAGUUUCGGUUUAUGGCACGUACCGCGUUAUUAGAUUGGCUCAUGAUAUUGGAUUCCGUGAUGAUGCUACUAAAAUAGAAGUUGAGGAGCUUGUUCGUCGUUUCCCUUAAGCUUCUGUGGCUGCAACUGAAACAGCGAAGGAAGAAUAGUUUAUCAUAAACAAAGUUGUACCUUUAGAUUGUUGUUUUAUGUAUUGCCUUUGUUGAAUGUUGAGGUUAUUUACUUCGUUGGUUCUCUUGAACCAUUUAUGGAGUUGUGAAAUCUCUACCAUCUUCACAAAUUGGAGAUACAAAGUGUAUGCAACUUUGACAUGAAUUCAAGUUUUUAAAAUCUCUUAUGAUCGA